AUGGCGGAGCUGCAGGCGCGGCGGCAGCUGGAGAAGCAGCAAAGGGCAAAGGAGGAACUCGUCAACCACCUGAGGGUUUUGGAGACGUGCCCAGCAGCAGCAGCAGCAGCCUGCUCCUGGACAAAAGCAGCAGCAGCAGCAGCAGCAGCAGCAGCAUGUUCCCUUGCUGCAUGGUGCCCCUGA